AUAGGGUGGCCGUAAUUUACCAUAUUUAUAAAAUAUUCCGAUUUUUCUGAAUAGAUAACUAUAUAAAUUUGUACAUGUAUGAAAUAUUAUGCAGAAGAUAAAAUUUAAAAUAGAAUAAAAUCAUUCGAAUUAAGAUCGAAUGUACGUUGUUUUAAAUUGAGCUUAAACCUGAUUUUCAUUUGAUUUAAUUACUAAUCAAACCAAACACGCCCUAAAGUUUCAAAAAGAGAAACACCGGAAACCCCCCAAGACGAGACUUAUAAAAACCCUAGAACAUUCUCCUAAUAUUCCUUCUCUCUCCUCUUCUCUCUCUAGAAAGGACACUCUUCACUCAUAAACUCAAAUCCAACAAUGUCAGCCAUGAUGCAACCACAAAUCAUACUACUCAAGGAAGGGACCGACGCAUCCCAAGGAAAACCGCAAUUAAUAAGCAACAUAAAUGCGUGCAUGGCUGUGGCUGAUGUUGUGCGGACUACUCUCGGUCCACGAGGCAUGGACAAGUUGAUCCACAAUGAAAAGGGGAACACAACCAUAUCCAACGAUGGUGCUACCAUAAUGAAGCUUCUCGACAUUAUUCAUCCUGCUGCCAAGAUUCUUGUUGAUAUUGCAAAGUCCCAAGAUUCUGAGGUUGGCGAUGGAACCACUACAGUCGUUUUGCUCGCAGGAGAAUUCCUGAAGGAAGCAAAACCUUUUGUUGACGAUGGAGUUCACCCUCAAAACCUUAUACGAAGUUAUCGAACAGCUUCUAAUUUGGCGAUUGAGAAGAUCAAAGAAUUAGCUAGUAGCAUAGAGGGAAAAAGCUUGGAAGAAAAGAAAAAGCUACUGGCUAAAUGUGCUGCUACAACACUAUCUUCAAAGCUCAUUGGUGGUGAGAAGGAGUUUUUUGCAACCAUGGUUGUGGAUGCAGUCCUUGCCAUAGGAAACGAGGAUAGGUUAAACAUGAUUGGAAUCAAGAAGGUUCCUGGAGGUACAAUGAGGGAUUCUUUUCUUGUGAAUGGUGUUGCUUUCAAAAAGACAUUCUCGUAUGCUGGUUUUGAGCAGCAACCGAAGAAAUUUGUAAAUCCUAAGAUACUUUUGCUAAACAUAGAAUUGGAGUUAAAAUCAGAGAAAGAGAAUGCAGAGAUUAGGCUGUCAGAUCCAUUACAGUAUCAGUCAAUUGUAGACGCAGAAUGGAAUAUCAUUUACGACAAGUUGGAUAAAUGUGCGAAGAGUGGAGCCAAGGUUGUUCUGUCACGGCUCGCAAUCGGUGAUCUGGCUACUCAGUAUUUUGCAGAUCGUGAUAUUUUUUGUGCUGGUCGUGUUAGUGAAGAAGAUCUGCAGCGAGUUGCGGCAGCUAGCGGUGGAACUGUGCAGACAACUGUGAACAAUGUUGUUGACGAGGUACUUGGAACAUGUGACCUAUUUGAAGAGAGGCAAGUUGGAAAUGAGCGAUUUAACAUAUUCAGUGGAUGCCCAUCUGGUCGGACUGCCACAUUUGUUCUUCGUGGUGGUGCAGAUCAGUUUAUUGAGGAGGCAGAGCGAAGUUUACAUGAUGCUAUUAUGAUUGUUAGAAGAGCUAUGAAAAACUCGACUGUAGUUCCUGGUGGCGGUGCUAUUGAUAUGGAGAUAAGCCGGUACUUGAGGCAGCAUGCACGUACGAUUGCUGGGAAGUCUCAACUCUUUAUAAACUCUUACGCAAAAGCCCUUGAGGUUAUCCCACGACAACUGUGUGAUAAUGCUGGGUUCGAUGCAACGGAUGUGUUGAACAAAUUGAGACAAAAACACGCACUUCCAUCUGGAGACGGUGCAGCGUAUGGUGUAGAUAUCAACACCGGCGGAAUUGCCGAUUCAUUUGCUAACUUUGUGUGGGAGCCCUCAGUUGUGAAGAUCAACGCCAUAAAUGCAGCUACAGAAGCUGCUUGCCUCGUCUUAAGUGUCGACGAAACAGUGAAAAACCCCAAGUCUGAGAGUGCACAAGGAGAAGCUGCUGCAAGUGCUAUGGGUGGUAGAGGUCGAGGUCGUGGUCGUGGAAUGAGAAGGCGAUAAAAUCGACUUAUUUCGAAGCAUUUAUUGCUAAAUUUUGUUUGGGUCCAUUAUUUUUAAUUAAAUUUAAUUCUUAUUUUAAUUUUAUUUUUUACUGAAUGAAAAAAAGAUAGCUAGUAGAACAUAA